CACUAUAUGCAUUUCGAUGCACGCGAUAAUGGAGGAGGAAUCUUCGUUGCAAAGGAAAAAGUGGCUUUUUCGCUCUGCUAUUCAAACCGUGUCCUGCUUGGCGCCAAGUUUUCCUUUUUAGGACUGCCAAGACAGAACGCACGGAUCACAGAGUGA